AUGGCACUGAAAGUGGCACCCUUGCAAUGCCGUUGGCCUUGGGUCAAGCAUAUGCUGCACCUUGCGCUGAAGUACAGCAACGAAGCCUUGGCGCUGGAGCCCGACAAUGUCAAGGCACGAAGCCUCGUCUCAACCAAGUUUUGUAUAUAUAUAUAUAUAAUCUCAAAAAGUAGUAGCUAG